AUGGCAACAAUCUUUUAUCAUCCAUCUUUAUUUUUAUCAUCAUCAUCAUCAUCAUCAUUUCAUAUGUCAAAUCAAACAUCAAUUGAUUAUUCAAAUUCUACUAAUAAUUAUAUUGUAAAUUUAUUUAUUAUUAUUGCUGUAUGGAUUGUUUUAAUAAUUACAAUUGUUUUUGGUACAACAGGAAAUAUUCUUGUACUUUAUGUUUAUAUGAAUCGAAAUGAUAAUAAAACAUGUACAUUUUUUAUUAAAAUGUUAGCUUUUGUUGAUUUAAUAAUAUGUUUAAUUUUGGCACCAUUAGAAUUAUAUCAAACAACAACAGUUUAUGGUUUUUUAAAUACUCAUGUACUCUAUUCAACAUUUCUUAUUACAACAAUUGCAUUCGAUCGAUAUUUUUGUAUAUGUUGGCCAUUAUAUAAAAUCAUAACUAUCCAUCGUGCACGUGCUAUUGUUGCUAUAUGUGGUCUUUUAUCAUCUUUAUUAGCUAUAAUACCUAUGAGUGAAUAUUCAACAAUGGAUCAUAUAUUACAUAUUCAUAAUAAUCAUUCAGAACAAUUAUCAGUUGAAAGUUAUGAUGAAUAUGAUUCACCAGUUUAUACACAUGUUGAAAAUAUAAAAACAAGUGUAUUAAUAUUACCAUUUACAAUUGGUAAUAUAACACAUGUUAAAUGUAGUCCAAGAUUUAGUUUAAAUCUUAAUUUAUCGAAUUUUUUAUAUAUAUAUCGAAUAUUUCAUGGUACAUUAUUUGCUCUAUGUAUGAUACUUGUAUUAAUUCUUUAUUCAUUUAUAUAUAAUGCUGUUUAUCGACGUCGUCGAACACGUACAAAAAAAUUUUCAACUUAUAGAAAAGUUCUUCAAUCUUAUUUAACAAAUAAUGAAACAGAACAUGAACAAAUAAAUCAUAAUUUAUCAUUAAGAUAUAUUUGUUGUUAUUGUUGUAAUAAAAUACAUAGAAAAAUAUCAAAACAAUCAAUUUUACAUCAAUCAUUAAAUAAUCAAAAUAAAAUUAAAUAUUUUCAUCGUAAACAAACAUCAACAAUGAAAAAAAAAUCUGAAAAUAUUAUUUUAGAACUUAAUUCUACAUGUGAAAAACGUUAUUCAGCUAUAUCAAUGACAUCAAUGACAUAUUUUACUAGUGGAGUUUGGGAUGAUACAUCACCAACAAAUAUAAUACCUUCAAGAAUUAAUUCAAUAGCAGCUGUUAGUUAUUGUGGAAUGGAACAUUCAUCAGCAAGUCGUCCAUCAACAUCAACUGAAGAUUCAUUUGAUCAAAUAACUAAAAAUAAUAAUUUAUCACAAAUAAAAUCUAUAACACCAUCAAAUUUAACACAUUUAACAGUACCUAAACAACAAAUAAUAUUAUCAUCUUGUUCAAAUGAAACUAAUAAAUAUAAUCAAUUAAAUGAUAUUGAUUUACAAGGAAAUAUAUCACAAUCGAAAACUUUACUUCAACCACCUAUUGUAAGAAAACCAAGUAAUACAUUAUCUAUUCGACAACAACAACAACAACAACAACGACCAUCUGAUGCUUCGGCUCAUCAACGAAAAGUAUCAUUUAUGACAUCGCGAGGAAUAACUACUGAUUGUUGUAUUAUUGAAGAUGCACCAAGUACAAAUCAACAAAUAAGUUCAACGUCAUCAAUUAUAAAUCAACAAAUAAUAGUUAAUAUAAAUAAUCAACGUUCAUUAUCAACAUCAUCAUCAAUUGAUCCAUCAGUAAGAGACUCAAUUUCAUCAAAACGUCGAACAUCAGGAUUUGAUGGAGAAACUAAACGUGUAUUUGAAAGACAACAAAGACAAGAACGUUUAGCAAAUAUUCGAACAACAUUCACAUUAUUUAUUGUUACUGCAACUUUUAUUCUUAUGUAUUUACCAUCAAUUAUAAUUACAUUAUUUAAUAUAAAACCAUAUGAAUUUCGUGAAGUUUUAUUUUUACUCUAUUAUAUUAAUAGUGCAUGUAAUCCACUAAUCUAUUCAUUUUUUAAUGUUAAUUUUCGUAAUGAUAUUCGUCGUAUAUAUGAAUGUCACAAACAUAUAUAUUUUGCUUGA